UUUCUGUCUGUCUGUCUAUCAGCGGUAGCAGUUGUUGCAGUUACAGCCUCCUGCCGACAGGGGUCGCGGUGUCACUUUCAAACUUCCGUCUGUGGAUUUAAACUUCCGCCGGAAGUCUACUUGUCCUCUUCUACCAGGCCGAUCCAACAUGGGACGCGUCAGGACCAAGACGGUGAAAAAGGCCGCCCGGGUCAUCAUCGAGAAAUACUACACCCGGCUGGGAAACGACUUCCACACCAACAAGCGGGUGUGCGAGGAGAUCGCCAUCAUUCCCAGCAAGAAGCUGCGCAACAAGAUCGCCGGGUAUGUGACACAUCUGAUGAAGAGGAUCCAGCGAGGUCCCGUCAGAGGAAUCUCCAUCAAACUGCAGGAGGAGGAGAGAGAGAGGAGGGACAACUACGUUCCCGAGGUGUCGGCUCUGGACCAGGAGCUGAUCGAAGUCGAUCCCGACACCAAGGAGAUGCUGAAGCUGCUGGACUUCGGCGGCUUGUCCAACCUGCAGGUCACACAGCCGACGGUCGGCAUGAACUUCAAGCAGCCGCGAGGCGUCUGACGACGUCCGUCACGUUUCUACUAAUAAAAACCUCUGGGACAA